GGUCACGCAAACCUGUUCGACACCGAAGGUCUCUUCUUUCCUUCCUAUUGAACUCGCAAAAAUCGAAAAUCGCAGUCUGAGUGUUGGGAUUCAUUGGAACCAGGAGAGAGUGAACAAAGCGAUGAACGCGGUGGAGGCGCUGGUGGCUCAAAUCCAGGGGCUAUCAGGCAGUGUCGCAGACCUCUCUCACCUUCACAAUCUGCUCAAACAAGCCGAUGACUCGCUCCUCAACGAGUCCACUCGGUUGCUGCCCUUUCUGGACCAGCUCGACCCCUCCAAGCACUCUCUCGGUUACCUCUUUAUCUUGAGGGCAUGCUCGUCAGGUCCAAUCUCAAAAGAGCAAGCUGGUGAAUUGGUUUUGAUAUUUUCCAGAUUUAUCAGUUCUUGUGCUGCAGAGCAGAUUCGAUUGGCACCCGAGAAGUUUAUAUCUGUUUGUAAGAGGUUCAAGGACCAAGUUAUGCUUCUUGAAGCACCAUUACGGGGUGUGGGUCCAAUGCUGACAGCUGUAAGGAAGCUUCAGUCCUCUUCUGAACAUCUGACUGCUUUGCAUCCCGAUUUCCUUCAGCUUGCUCUUUUGGCAAAGUGCUAUAAAACCGGUCUUUCUGUCCUAGAGGAUGAUAUUUUCGAGGUUGAUCAGCCGAGGGACCUUUUCCUCUAUUGUUAUUAUGGGGGAAUGAUAUGCAUUGGACAGAAGUGUUAUAAGAAGGCAUUGGAACUGCUACACAAUGCUGUAACCGCUCCUAUGUCUACUGUAAAUGCAAUAGCAGUUGAAGCAUACAAGAAAUACGUAUUGAUUUCCCUCAUUCUUAAUGGACAGUUUUCUAGCAGUCUCCCUAAGUAUUCUUCUUCAGUAGCUCAGAGGAAUCUAAAGAACCUGUGUCAGCCCUACAUUGAAUUGGCAACUAGUUAUAGCAGUGGCAAAAUUUCAGAAUUGGAAACAUUUGUUCAGACUAACGAAGAGAAGUUUGAAAGUGACAACAAUCUUGGACUAGUGAAGCAGGUUGUAUCGUCUAUGUACAAACGAAAUAUCCAGAGGUUGACCCAGACAUAUUUGACUCUGUCCCUCCAAGACAUAGCCAAUACAGUGCAACUCAAUAGCUCUAAGGAGGCAGAGAUUCAUGUGCUUCAAAUGAUCCAAGAUGGGGAGAUUUAUGCAACAAUCAACCAGAAGGAUGGAAUGGUUAGAUUCCUUGAGGAUCCUGAACAAUACAAGACUUGUGAGAUGAUAGAGCAUAUUGACUCCUCAAUACAGAGGAUAAUGGUGUUGUCAAACAAGCUGACAGCAAUGGACGAGCACAUGUCAUGUGAUCCUUUGUACCUGGCAAAGGCUGGAAGAGAGCGACAGAGGUAUGACUUCGAUGACUUUGACACUGUUCCUCAGAGAUUCAAUAUAUGA